ACGUUGUACCUGCUAAUUUGCCUUCCUGGUUUCGUAUUUCAAUUUAUACCUUACAUGCAGAAAUACAAGAUACAAAAGAAACCCGAGGGAUUUGAGUCGCAGUGGAAGUGUUUCAAGUUGCUUAUGUUCAAUCACUUUGUCAUCCAAAUGCCCCUGAUAUUCGCUACUCAUUUGUACACCAAAAUAUUUAACAUCGGCUACGAUUACGAGUCAAUGCCAACAUGGUAUUCUCUCCUGCUCCAGCUUUAUGCGUGUCUUAUUCUGGAGGACACGUGGCACUAUUUUCUCCAUCGCGCGCUCCAUCAUAAGUCGAUUUAUAAAUACGUGCACAAGGUUCAUCACAACUUUCAGGCUCCAUUUGGUAUGGUCGCCGAGUGUGUACAUCCUGUCGAGACUGUGGUUCUUGGGUUUGGCUUUUUCAUCGGGCCUCUGAUGUUCUGCACUCAUUUAAUCUUACUGUGGACGUGGGUUGCAGUUCGUCUGCUCGAAACGAUCGAUGUGCACAGUGGCUACAAUUUUAAAUGGAAUCCUCUCCAUUUACUGCCAUUCUAUGGAGGAGCAGAAGUCCACGACUUUCAUCACAUGAACUUCCAUGGCAACUACGCGCCAACAUUUACGUGGUGGGACAAAAUCUGCGGUACAGACGUGCAGUACAAGGAGUACAAGAAGAAACUAGCUGAUGAAAAACAAAAUUAAACAACAUUUGUCCGCCAACUGUAAUGAGUGUCAACAAGAAUAAAUAUGUGCUUUGAUUUGUAAUAUUAUGGAAUUCAUAACUGUUUGAAUAAAGAUUAUGCACAUAACUUCUGAACUUUCACUAAUGUACCUUGCAAUAAUUUGUGUGCAGUCUUGCAAUUCUGGCUACACUUUGGUGUAACUACAGUAAUGGCAAACUUAUAAUUGUUUAGAAAAUCUAUACUUUUGAUAUCGGUCUUGAACUGUAGGUUAGUUUCUUGGAAUCUAGAUUAAUAUUUUUGUUUCAUGUUUUAAAAACGAAAUACUAUACGUAUGGUAGGCCUAAUCAUAUGUUAUUAGUGUGAUAUGAAUUACGUACCUUUGAUAUUUAAUUAGUGUUUAAACAUGAAGAGAGAUAAUUAUAUACAGUACAGUAAUAUAUUUUCCUUAAUGGUUAAAAUAAACAACAGAUAAACUAAUUGGAUAGGCCUAAUGUAGCACACGUUUCGAUAAUUUUAUAAUGUACUGUAUGCAUUUUCGAUGUACAUAAAAUGAAUUUGAGAUUAAAUGAUAUUUGAUCAAAAUAAACAAUUCUGACAUCAGA